UUCCAUCUGCGGCUAAUUUCAGUGCGGUACACUUCAAUUUGUUUCGAUAGAGAUAGAAUUUUCAAGUUCACGAAACCCGACCAGCCAUUCUUGUUUCGGUCUCGAGCUCGUCGCGUCCGCUGCGCUUGACGCUCGUUUAUUUUGUUAUGCGAUGUCGGGAGUGAAAGGAGUUCUGUAACGCACGAGUGUUUUCAUUAACCGUACUGUUUACAGCAUGAUUGUGUAAACUGGACUAGACUAAUGUCUGUUGUUUGUUGAACGAAUUAUCAAGAAAACGUAAACAUGGUGCAGGAAUUCGUGUCUCCCGUGAGGGUCCACAAGUUCCCAUUCGAAAUGGUUAUGGCUGCAUAUGAGCGGCGGUUUCCGAACUGCCCGCAGAUCCCUGUGGUCCUGGAGUGCGUGAUAACUGAAGAUAGCUGGUCCGAGGACGACUCCCAGCGAGACACCUCGCGCCGUUGCCAGCUGAAUGUCGAUGCGCCGUAUCUCUUGAAGAAGAUGGUCGGCGUCGACUACAUCUAUUUCAUCCAGAAGAACCACCUGGACCUGAAGGCGCGAGUGCUGGAAAUCGAGGCCACCAACGAGUCCUUCGCCAACAGGGUCGUGGUGUUGGAGAAAUGCCGAUAUUACGUACACCCAGAGAACCCGAACUGGACGUGUUUCGAGCAGAGCGCCCAUCUCGACGUGACGAAUUUCUUCGGGCUGGAGAGUACUGUCGAGAAGAUCGCCAUCAAGCAGUACUCGGCUAACAUUACCAAGGGCAAGGAGCUGAUCGAGGUAUUCAUGAAGGGUGUUGAAGCCGACGGCAUCAAAGACCUCCAACCUUGGAACCCUGACGACCCGGCACACAACAGGGAACUCAGGCGCAUUGUCUCCAGAAAUACGGAGCCUCUGUCACCAAGGACCACGACCGAGCCGCAGCGACAGCCUAAACCAGACCAGUACACGCUCGACAGCGAGUACAUCAAGCGAUACCUCGGAGAACUGACGCCGAUGCAAGAAUCCAGACUUCUGCAGCUCAGGAAGUGGAUCGCUGACUUGCAGAAGGGGAAGGUACCAUCAGAUACUACACUCCUCCGAUUCCUCCGCGCCCGUGAUUUCAACGUGGAGAAGUCCCGUGAGAUGCUCUCCCAAUCCCUGCUCUGGCGCAAACGGCACCAGGUCGACCGCAUACUGUCGGAGUACGAGACACCGCAGGUCGUGGCGCAGUACUUCCCUGGAGGAUGGCACCAUCACGACAAAGACGGACGUCCGCUAUACAUCCUCCGACUCGGCCAGAUGGACGUCAAGGGCUUGCUCAAGUCCGUCGGGGAAGACGGCCUCCUGAAGUUGACGCUUCACGUGUGUGAAGAGGGCCUCAAACUGCUGGAAGAAGCCACCCGCUCCUCGGAGCACGCGGUCCAGUCCUGGUGCCUCCUGGUAGACCUGGACGGGCUCAACAUGAGGCACCUGUGGAGACCUGGAGUCAGAGCUUUGCUGAGGAUCAUACAGAUCGUCGAGGCGAACUAUCCUGAGACUAUGGGACGGGUGCUCAUUGUGAGAGCUCCGAGAGUUUUCCCGAUUUUAUGGACGAUUGUCAGCACGUUUAUAGAUGAGAACACCCGCAGCAAAUUCCUGUUCUACGGCGGCAAGGACUACCUGCAGCCGGGCGGCUUGCUCGACUACAUCCCCAAGGACCUCAUACCCGACUUCCUCGGAGGGCCUUGCAAGAGUUUCGUGCACGAAGGAGGCCUGGUGCCGAAGAGUUUGUACGUGAGCGGCGCCUUCACCGAGCGCGACGGAGACCCGCUGUGUGAGGACAGCAUCUACCGCUCCGUUAGCCUUGGGAAGGGCCAGGUUCAUGAAGUGAUCGUGAACAACAAAGACCCGCAGAGCGUGCUGACCUGGGACUUCGACGUGCUCCGACACGAUAUAGCGUUCACCGUGUACCGCUCGCCCCACGACCUGGAGCUCGACGAUCCCACAGUGGAUUGCACCGGCGCUGGCACAGGGACUGAGGAGGGCCGCUCGGCGCUGGCGCGGCAGGACUGGCGCGAGGGGGAGCACUACCACAAGGUGGAGCACACGCUUAUCGCGCACGACGGAGAGAGCAUACAGGGGUCGCACGUGAUGCUGGAGCGCGGCUGCUACGUGCUGCAGUGGCGCUGCGAGCUGCUGGACCACGCGCCGCGCGCGCAGCUCAUGUACUUCCACGAGACGCUCGCCUCGCACCACUACAAGGGCUCGAUGUCCAGCCUGCAGUCUGGCGCUUCCGGGUUCUCGUGCCUCAGCACCAAGUCCGCCGCCAGCUCCUGCCCGUCCCGGUGAUGCGACGUCCCCCCCGCCCCUGACGCAGAGGCCUAGACACCAGGGGGCAUUCACCUAACGUGUGCCCAGUACAAACACGAUAUCAAACUCGUUAGGUUCUUUCUGCCUGAUCUCCUGCAACAACGUAGACUCUGACGGUGACACACACGGGGGAGUUUUAAGUGGGGUCCCUUUGUUUCCCAUAAAGUUUUAAGUCAUAAUGUAUUGUUUGUCAUAUUAUCGUUAGUCAUAAAACUGAAACCGUUAACUUUUCAGGAUUUUCCUAAGGUUAUUCUAUAGAUAGGUUAGGUUAGGUUAGGUUUGUUUUAUGGCAAUCCUGAAAAAUUACGCGUUUCUGAGAAAAACCAAUUAUGACUAACGAAAAUUCGGACAAACAAUACAUUAUGACUUAAAACUAUUUGGGAAACAAUAGAGACCCGUUUUAAGUACCUCUCCAAUUAGAGCGAACGUUCGUUGACUCAAAUGGAGCCUACGGUUUAAUGUGUGUCAUAUACGAAAGUGAAUUUUAUAGUAAGUUUUUUUCUGCUUGGAAUCACCAGCCGGACUCGCGCGACAGUAUCUCUCCCGCGUGAUAGACUACCCGUCCCUCUUUAAUACAGUUAGACUACUCGCCUUCUUCUAACUUCUUCUUCUUCUUCUUAUUAAUUAUAGAUGGGGGUCCCUCUUAGGUGAUGAGACGCUGUGCUCAAGCUUCAACUUAAUGAGGCCUAGACCGUCACAGUGACGCACACGGGGGUACUUACCUCCCCUUUGAGAGCGAACAAACUAUGCCUCAAAUGGACCCCACGGAAUUAAAGAAUGACUCACGUUAGACCGGGCCGUGUCCGACCCGGAGCUUCCGGUGCAUCGUUUUCUAUAGAGAGCAUCACGUGAUCGCCUGUCAUGUCAAAGAAAAAUAAGCGUCAAAAGCUCCGGCCCGGACACGGCCCGGUCUAACGUGAGUCAUCCUUAAGUCUGUGUGCGUCUCGUACAAACACGAAUUUUCUGAAUAUUUUAAGUGAAGAAAUUUCCUAUUCCUGCGAUAAAAGGAUUUAAAAAAUCCUUAAAGAAAAUGUCUUCAGUAAUAACGCAGGUAAAUCGCGUGAGAAGAAAAACACUGGGGUUUGAACAGAUGUGGUUCAUAAUAAUUUUCCAUCGUAUUUUCACGGAAACGUACGAACGUGUUGCUAUUUCAGUCAGUCUCGGUAUAAAAAGUACUGAUGUUGACUGAAGUAACAUGACAUACUUAACACUCUUUUAAGGGGAAGUGUAAUUCUUAUCUCAAUAAGUGAUAAUCAAAUCCAGAAGCAUUCUAGAAAAAGGGUAUCAAAUUUGUUCACCCAUUUUACGAGUUUAUACU